AUGACACACACAGAACUAACUUCCACUUUUUCGGGUCCCAUCGACCUAGGUAUCAUCGGGGGUACUGGUCUCUACAAAUUAGAUUGUCUAGAACCCAUUGCUAUCAUUCCCGCAAUGCAAACUCCAUGGGGGACCACAUCUUCUCCAAUAACUAUUUCAAAAUUUAUUGGUAAUAACGAUUUCCACGUGGCAUUUAUUGCAAGACAUGGUGUUAACCAUGAAUAUCCACCAACGAAAGUCCCAUUCAGGGCAAAUAUGGCCGCCUUGAAAAACCUCUCUUGUAAGGCUGUUCUAUCCUUCAGUGCUGUUGGUUCCUUACAAGAAAAGAUCAAACCAAGAGAUUUUGUCUUGCCUCAACAAAUCAUUGAUAGAACCAAGGGUAUUAGACACUCUUCUUAUUUUAAUGAUGAAGGUCUAGUAGGCCAUGUUGGAUUUGGUAACCCAUUUUCUGAAAGCUUUGCUAAAUAUAUUUACAAAUUUAAAGAUUCGUUAGAAAACUUUGAAACCAACGAGCCUUGCACUCUUCACUACGAUAAAGAUUUGACAGUAGUGUGUAUGGAAGGUCCACAGUUUUCAACAAGAGCUGAAUCUAAAAUGUACAGAAUGUUUGGUGGUGAUGUUAUAAACAUGAGUGUUAUCCCCGAGGCAAAAUUAGCUAGGGAAUGUGAAUUGCCAUACCAAAUGAUUUGUAUGGCGACAGACUAUGAUGCAUGGAGAGAUAAUGAAGAACCUGUGACUGUGGAAACUGUUAUUGGUCAUUUGACUAAUAACGGUCGCAACGCCAAUUCCUUAGCAUCUAAGAUAAUUAUGGAAAUGGCUCAAGGGUUACCAGAGUUCAUGUUGACUGGUGAUGGUCUACGUGAUUCAAUGAAGAUGUCUAUUUCUACCAAGCCAGAGGCAAUGUCAAAGGAGACUUUAUCCAAGUUAAAGUUCUUAUUUCCUAAUCAUUGGUAA